AUGAAAGACGAGCGUAUUUUGUUGCCUACUUUUGGGAUGUCCAUGAACGGUCGGAGGGCGAAGUGGUUAAGAGCCAAUUUCGAUUUUUAUAGUCCGAGCGUUUACCGAAUGUCAGGAGUAUCUGAAUGCGAAAGAUGCUGUUAUGUAAUUCCAAAAAAGAAGAGGAGGUGUAAAAUGUUGGUCAAGAAAGGGAGUAGUUACUGUGGUGAACACGCCAUCUACGAACCGUCCAAUCACGAACGAGUUCCUUGUCCGCUUGACCCGAAGCAUACCGUUAAUAAGAGCGAGCUAGAGGAGCAUAUGAAAAGGCGCUGUAAUUGGCGCAUCCCGGAAGCCCCGUGGGUUGUAAAAGGAUUGAAUUCAUCUGAAGCUAGCUGCAGCGAAGUAGGAGCAGGCAGCCUUGGUUUUCAAAGGGUUGGGAAAAAUAAUCUUUUUGUUUCGGCGAAUUUCGUCACUAUGAUUCGAAAGGCGUAUGAGAAGAUUCAAGAUGAGGUUUGCCACUCUGAAGUGAAGGAUGCUGUAAUUGAAGAAUUUAUGAGACAGACAGAUGAGAUGAAUUUUACCCAUCGGAAACAUCUGAUGCAACAUUCGUCCAUUAUUGGUCUCUUAGUUAGUACUGGACUUUUGUACAACGACAGUCAGCUUUGUAUCAUUGACUUCGGUUCUGGAAAAGCUGAACUUCCGUACUGGAUAUCAAAAGGUUUUCAAAAAUGUAAUUUCUUGCUGCUUGACAACCAAGGGAUGAGAAACAAGUACGACAACAAAGCUGCCAAGGAAGACCCCAUGAUCCGAAUGAAGCGAAUCCGGUGCUCUAUUGAACAUAUAGAUCUAAGCAAAAUUGACGCUGUGAAAGAGGCGAAGGAUGUGGUUGCUAUAUGUAAGCAUUUAUGUGGAAAAGCAACAGAUUGGGGCAUAAGAUGCCUGGAAAAUAGUGCGAAGACUGGCGUGAAUUUUUCCGGAUUUGCACUCAUACCUUGCUGCCAUCACAAAACCGUGUAUGAGGAGUACAUGGGGAAGGAAUUUUUGGCAUCGAAUGGUUUUAGAAGUGAGCAAGAUUUUUCGUUGUUAAGGUACGUAGCCUCCUGGGCAGUUUGUGGUCUACUCUUACAAAGGAAAACAAAGGAUGAGGAUGAUAAAACCUUGAAAGAAAAGCCUAAGCAAAAUGACGGGUCGAGGGAGUCUGGAGGAAAGUUAUCAAAUGAGGAGAGGGAGGUUCUGGGCAGACAAGCAAAAGUUUUGCUGGAGUUUGGUCGAGCAGCUUAUCUGACUCAAAUCGGCUUUGAAGUCAAGUUGUAUCAGUAUGUAAAUUCUACUAUAUCACCAGAAAACCUUCUUAUUUUAGGUCGAAAAAGGUCUUUCACAUGA